CCACAAACGCUCAAUUUUAACUUAAAAAAAACGUGUUACACGUGAUAACACACCGUGAAAUAAACGCACCUCGGAUUUCUAAACACAGCCAGGGAUGUGGUUUUGAAAAAAACGGGACGUGGGAAUCAUUCAUGGCUGGUUAAGGAUUAGCUAACGACAGCUAACUCGCUGUGUGUGCUAGCUGUGGCCGUUAGCAGGCUAACAAAGAGCAAUUGCUCCUCCUCGCUUUGUAUGCUCGAUGUUGCUGUAUUAGAUGGUCCCGGUGUCCCGUAGGAGACGGUGAGGAAUGGGGUGCGUUCGGGGAAGAAUGAAACUCUACUGGAAUAUAUAUCUGGAGUGUGCCGACAUCUUCCUUGGCUUGCAGUAGGACGUCCCUGUCGUAGGUUGUGCAUUUGUUCCUCACCAGUGAUCCCCUAUGCUUGAGAGAACCUGGAGCCUGAGUCUGACAGGAUGGAUGGUGUGGACCUAGAGAGACUCGCAAAUCAACAUCAGCCCUCUGUCUCUUCCUACGGUGUUCAAUCCUUUUCUAUCUACGAGAGAACACCUCCCAUUCUACACCUCCAGUCUCUGUACUAUAUGUGUAAAGACUGAUCAAUAAAAAGACAGCAAGAGAUAGAAGUUGGAAGACUUUCUAUCUUGUGCCUUUUUAAAGCAGAGAUACAUAUUGAAUAUACAAGGCUAUAUCACGGACAUGGAAAUAUCCUUGUUUUAAUUUGACAGUAGUUGUACCCCCUUACUCUUGGUGUGGGUGGUGGGAUGUCGGAAAAGCCAGAUGACAAAAUGGUGAAGUUCCUGGCACCCCCCCAGAAGAGUGGAGAAGGCCCCAGUUCUGAUUCAAUGAUUAGUGAUAGCCGCCAACCGGCAGAAGUGAGACGGCGGCAUCACACCAUGGAGCGUGAUCGGUGUAACCCUGAACACCGUUUCUUGCGUCGGAGUGUCAUCAGUGAUUCCAAUGCUACAGCAUUGGCCCUCCCUUUACCCAGCAAGAUCCCCAUCCCUGCUCCCCAACGGGUUCAUUUACGUGAAUCCGUCCCUCAGCGGCAGCAGGCUGCUGCUGCUUAUUUGCCCCGGACUGAAAACACCUUAGCUCAAAAUGAAAAGUCUGCUGAUAGUGGCAGAGGAGUAGUGGAAGGAAAAGACAUAGAAAUAGCUAAGGUGGAAGUAGUGCCUUUAGAACAGGAGCCUGCCAAUGUACAAGAUGUCUGUGACGUAGAGGUGGUGGUAGUGUCCCACUCCGUACCAUGCUUGGAAAGAGAUUUGCCAAGUCGAACAGAAACUGAAAGCACCACUGAAGUGAAGUUGCAUCCUGGAGAAGGGGAGGAAGGAGAAGAUAAGGACUCUGCUAAGGCACGGGCAGAGGCAGAGCAGAGGGAAGCUGAGAAAAAAGUGCAGGAUGACAUCGAAGAGGCAGAGUCGGUGGCAGUGGGAACAUCUCCAGAUGGGCGUUUCCUAAAGUUUGACAUCGAACUUGGUCGUGGCUCCUUCAAGACCGUCUACAAGGGCUUGGACACUGAGACCACAGUGGAGGUGGCUUGGUGUGAGCUUCAGGAUCGUAAGCUGUCAAAGACAGAGCGGCAGCGCUUCAAGGAGGAAGCGGGGAUGUUAAAGGGACUGCAGCAUCCCAACAUUGUCCGUUUUUACGACUCGUGGGAGGGACCCUCCAAAGGCAGGAAGUGUAUUGUUCUGGUCACGGAACUCAUGACAUCUGGCACACUCAAAACAUAUCUGAAGCGUUUCAAAGUGAUGAAAAUUAAAGUGCUGCGGAGCUGGUGUAGACAAAUCCUGAAGGGUCUUCACUUCCUCCAUACUCGGACUCCCCCGAUCAUCCACAGGGACCUUAAGUGUGACAACAUUUUCAUCACAGGCCCAACAGGGUCUGUCAAGAUUGGUGACCUGGGACUGGCCACACUCAAGCGUUCAUCCUUUGCCAAGAGUGUUAUAGGUACCCCUGAGUUCAUGGCGCCUGAGAUGUAUGAGGAGAAGUACGACGAGUCAGUGGAUGUGUAUGCCUUUGGAAUGUGCAUGCUGGAGAUGGCCACCUCAGAGUACCCUUACUCAGAGUGCCAGAAUGCUGCACAGAUCUACCGCAGAGUUACCAGCGGGGUGAAGCCGGCCAGCUUCGACAAGGUGGCCAUUCCUGAGGUGAAAGAGAUCAUCGAGGGAUGUAUUCGUCAGAACAAGGAUGAGAGGUAUUCAAUCAAGGACCUUCUGAACCAUGCGUUCUUCCAGGAGGACACAGGGCUGCGUGUGGAGUUGGCAGAAGAGGAUGAUGGAGAGAUUGAGGCCAUGAAGUUGUGGCUGAGAAUUGAGGAUGUAAAGAAACUCAAGGGAAAAUAUAAAGAAAACGAAGCUAUUGAGUUUUCUUUUGACCUCGUCAAAGAUGUCCCAGAAGAUGUGGCUCAGGAAAUGGUUGAGUCUGGGUAUGUGGCUGAAGGUGACCACAAGACCAUUGCGAAGGCCAUAAAGGACAGGGUGUCUCUAAUCAAUCGGAAGAGAGCACAGAGGCAGCAGGUCAGAGAAAAUCAGGAGAAGAGACGUCUGGAAGAGGAGCAGCAGAAUCAGGUGCUGCCUGUACAGCAACCAGUCCAACUAACCAGCACGGAGCUGCCUCCACCCCAGCCGGUGCCUCAGACUGUGUCUUUUAUCCCUCCACAACCAAACCAACACAAUCCACAAAUGUGUGCUCAACCUGCAUCUCAGAACCUUCCUAUUUCGAACUACAACACUACUCAAUCAAACCAAAUGACUGGCAUGGGUCAAGUGAUCCCUUUUGUGCCCCAGUCAACUGGGCAAGUCCAAGUUCAUGGUCAGAUCAUGGCCACCAUCCAGCCGGAGUCGGAGGAACCUGAAGCCGACCACCACAAACAGCUGCAGCACAGUGGAGGAGUUGGUCACAUUGGAGACAGACUACCUAGUUCCACCAUCCUACCUGAGGCCCAGCCUCAGCCUGGAAUACCCUACAGCUCCACUCCCAGUCAGCACCCACAGCCCCCAGUGUCGUGCCUGCAGACACAAAAUGAACAAAUGCAACAGCAGCAGUUGUCACUGGUUCAACCCCAGAUUCAAGGUGUCCAGGAAGUUGUUCCUCUCGCACCUACAAACCAGUCUGUUCCCGGGGGACCUCAACAGUAUGGAGUGUACUACCAACCAUCGCUCCCCCCUCAGAUUCCCAACCAGCAAGGGAUGAUCCCCCCAUCAUCUCAGUCAUCUGCUUCACAGCAGCAGCAGCACCCAGAGAGCAGCUCUUCUCUUCAGAGCUCCACUCUACCACAGGCUCAGUCUGGAGCCCAACCGCUACAGGCCUCUGUGAGUGUUCCUCGGUCAACAUCAGGCGAGCUGCUAGCUGGAUCUUCAGUUCUGAUUCUACCAUCUGUAGAAAGCUGCCUGUCGGAUACAGCUUCUGGUCUUAGUGACGGCAACGACGGAAGUUCAGGAGGUCGCCAUGACGGCCGCUCACUGAAGCGUCACCAGAGACGAUCCGUGCGCAGCCGCUCCCGACAUGAGAAGAGUGCAAAGGCCAAGCUGAACGUGCUCAGUAUCUCUAAUGUGGGUGACAGAGUUGCAGAGUGUCAGCUGGAAACCCACAACAGGAAGAUGGUCACCUUCAAAUUUGACCUUGAUGGUGAUAAUCCAGAGGAGAUCGCACAGAUCAUGGUUGAGAGUGAGUUCAUCUUGGAGUGUGAGCGGGAGUCUUUCAUCGAGCAGGUCCGUGAAGUCAUAGAAAUGGCUGACGAGGAUGGAGAAGGGAUGAAGGAAGCUUUUCCUCAGAUGAGUGACCUCCAACAACAGCCUGCGCUGUCUGUUCCCAUGCUGCCAGGUAUUUCCCCCAGUACGAUAGCGCAGGUAGUUCACUCAGCAGGACGGAGGUUCAUCGUCAGCCCGGUGCCAGAGUCUCGUCUCAAAGAGCAGUUCUUUGGAGUUUCUUCUGCUAACACAUCAUUUGGAGAUGAACCUAACUCUGCUCCCCUUUUGGCACUGGGCCUUUCUCUGUCUGCUCCAUCCGGGAUCCUCCAGCAGGCCUUCAGUAACAUUAGGCAGUCUCGUUUAGAGAGGGGCAACACGGUUGACCCCCCUUCUUCUGAGCAAGAGCCAGCCACCAUUCCUUCCUCUGAGGCUGGUCUCGGCCUGAGUUCUACCAAUAUACUGGCUCCUCCGGAAGCUGUAGCUUCCACCACCAGCACUACUUUCCCUCCUGUGUCUCCCCCAUCUACUGUGACAUCCUCACUGCCUCCCUCCACUGGGAGGGUUUCCCCUCCACCUAUACUCCACCAUACCCAAUCUCCCGUUCCUGACGCCAGUAAUCCCAGUCCACCCCCUCAGUCUUCUAGUGAAACACCCUCCUCACAAGUUCCAGCACCAGCUCCCAACAUCCCUCCCUCAUCUUCUACCAUUUCUCCUCCAUCAGCACAGACCUCCGUCCCCGCAGUCCCUGGGCCUCAGACAAGUAGUAGUUAUGUGUCUGUCUCUUCUGUUGCUGGAAUUCCAUCUACCGGUACUAGUACUCCCCCUGCUUCAGACCAGCCGCCUUUUAAUGGUGCUGUUACAACCUCCCAGGCCGCCUCAGCUCAGCCACCACCUCCCUCCUCAUUCACUGGUCAGAAUCCGGUCCAAGCACAGCCAGUGGAGGCAGAGGGGGCUGAGCUCCAGUCAAAGGCCGCUGGUGGAGAUGACAUCCAAGCUCUAGAUAAGAAGCUCCGGUCCCUCUUUAAAGACCAGAGCGCCGCCUCAGCGUCAUUGGAUCCUAGUCAGAACACGGGGACCUCCUCUCCUCCCACUGGGACUACUUCCCCUCCACCUGGAGCUGUCAUGGUGCCUCCAUCAAACCUUCCUCUCACUUCUGGGUUACAAGGGGUUCUUGGCUCUAUCACCACCCCAGGACAGAGUUUGACCCCGGGAGGACAUACCAAUACCCCCCCAACAAAGGCCAGGGCACAGACUCUACCCACUGGUUUUGAUCCAGCUGCUACACCCCCCUCUGACAUCAUACCCCCGUUUCCUGGACCAAAUCAGUUGUAUCAACCUAUGGGUAACUUGGAUGUGCAGUUGAGGAGAGCUCUGAGCCCGGAGACAGUUCAGGAGGGUAACAGCGCACCGCUUCCAGCAGCAGGUUUCACUCUGGGACGAUUCCAAGUAUCCAUUCCAGAUCCCCAUAGCGCUGUUUCCUCUUCCUCCCUCACACCAUCAUCUACCACAUCCUCCUCCUCCUCCACUUCUUCCUCCCCCUCAAGUCCAGAAAAUACGCUCCACCGGUCAUCCAGUCUGUGUAAAGUGGUUUCUGAAACUGAUGGUGUUAGUGGAGCCUCAUCCCUCUCUGCCGUUCAGGCCAGUCAGCCCACCACCAUCGGACGCUUCCAAGUGUCCGCGAGCAGCAAUGCCACAUCCGGACCCGUCAACGGCUCUCAAGUGGGACGAUUUUCAGUCACAGUGACUGCAGCGACAGGCUCCAGCCCAUCACACGGCUCCAGCCGGCAGAACGGACCCUCGUCUUCCACCUCUGACCCACAUAACACACAUUACAGUAGUGACAAUGACGACUCGGAGACUGAGGACGAUGCUUUGCAGAAGGAGAUUGGCAGUCUUAGAGAGAAACAUAUGAGCGAGAUUCAGGCCUUACAGUCGCGUCAGAAAGAGGAGAUUGAGGCUCUGUUUACGCGAAUGGGGAAAAAUGCUCCUUCCUCUGUCUGCUCCCCUGCUGCGGCCAUGGCAGGAGGUCGACGUAGGCUGAAAAGCAAAACCUACAAAUCCGGUCGCAGCAGUGGACAGCCCAGCCCCCUCCACUCAGGAUCCCCUCCAAAGCAAAGACCUCCCUCAUCAGAGGUCUCACACAUGACAACAGAGGCAUCCCAAGCAGAUGGCAGCUCGUCCAUACAGCAGCUCCGAUCCUCUCCGUCCAUGCCCAGCCUCAGUAGCUACUCCGCAGGAUUGAGUGGGACCAGCUCCUUAAACGGUUCAGGCCACUGUCGGAACCAUUCAGCUUCGAUGACCCAGGGGACUGGACCCGCUCCUGCUUCCUCUCACACCCAGAAGGGUCAAGUCACCUUCACUCAAGACCUGCACCAACUGGUGGAUAACUGGGCCAGAGACGCCAUCAGCCUCUGCAAGAAAGGUCCUAAAACUGGAGCACAGGCUGCACCGGGACAAGAUAUAAUUCCCCCAGCCAACAUGGGCCGUAAAUUCUCAGCUCCAGGUUACCUCUGCCCAUCGCUGCCCACGGCUUCUAACGCCACAUCCACCACCACUACCCAGCUCCCCGCCCCCGCCAAUCACUCUGUCGCUAUGGCCCCCCGCAAAGGCUCCCUGGGCCCAGCUGCUCCGGGGUUUGGAUAUCCCCCUCCCCAGUACAGUGCUCCCCAGUGGGCAGGACCCACAAGCACGUGCCAGGUCGGCAAGCUUAAUCCUGCGCAGCCAUUACCUACGACAGCCUCAGUGACCACAAUGCAACAAGGCUACCACAUGGGAACCACACCAGCACCCCAGAAUCCAGUCAGCCAUGGAGGGUCCAACCUUAGGCCGACGUAGCCCAGUCAGAGCCCCGGUCCAGGAGGAGACUGCAGGGCCACACGGGGCCGAGAGCCAGACAGUCGCUGAUUGAGAACCACUAGCUCUCUUUGCUAGUCAGCUGGCUGUGCUUUUUUUAUUUUUAUUUCUUUAAUAAUUUUGUGUUAUGAGUCGACCUGUGUCCUCUCAGGCAGAACAAAAAUCUGUUAUCGGAGGGAGCGUGCAAUACACACCCACAGCACAUGAGUCCCACACUUAGCCUGCCAUUAGCUGUGGAAAUGAGCCGUGAGGAGUGAGGUGGUAGUGUCUGGUGAUGUAACGACCCAGAGGCACAGCCGACAGCAGCCAAAGAUGUCUUUCUGUGAGCAGACGCUGUAACGUCGUGAUUUCUUUAUGAAGAGGAGGGAUUCUGGUGGACAUCCUAACUGGUCCUGUCUUCAAUGAGGACAGUUUGCACCACAACACAACACACACACACACCUGACUAAACAUUGACCUGGUUGAGGGACUCGGGGUGGUAGGUUAUGUCGUCUCAGAGAGUGAAGGGCGAAUGUGAGUGUACAGGAAGUGGAAGAUACGAGUGGGACAGUUGGUCUGUUCCAGUCGAAGCAGUAAUGAGAAGCGAGGAGGAGAAGAAAGACAGAGUACGUCAGGCUGGAGUGUAACGGAGAGGGUCGGAGUAUGGACACCUCCCAGAUUAAGUAAACGCAAUAAUGGCAAAGACUAGAUGAACUGUCCCUCGUAACUGUGGCCUUAAUCCCCAAACACAUGAAAACUUUGUACAUAGAUAUUUCUUCACUGGGUUAUGAUUCCAUGUUCAGCAUAUUUAUGUCCCUGUGAGAGUCUUUGUGAUUUGAGUUGUCUCUUAUCAGAUACAUUUAUUAUACUGAUUUAUUCUUCACGUCUGUCCGGUAGGCCAGUGGGUCUGCCACAUGGAAAAGCGUUGUCCUGGUGUUGACCGCCACUCGAAGCUGAAAGCUGAAGAGGUGAUGCUGCUGUAGAUCACAGACUGGGUAGUGGGUGUUUGCAGGGUGAUACGUUAUUUUUAUUUACACAGGAAUGAAACCUUGUCGAGAAUCUUAAGUUGACACAUUGAGCCGCUUCAUUUAGUGUUUAGCUCUGCGAUACAUCAUGUAGAACGAUACAGUUUUGGUUUAUUAAUAGUAAUAUUUGUACAUUUCUGAGUAAGGGGUGGGGUGGGGGACUCAACCUCCCCGCUCCACCCAGGUGUUUACAAAGAUCAUGCACAUCUCUAGAUUAACAGGUCGUCACAUUUAAUAUAUUUAGCCGCCACCUCUCAAAUCACAAGUGUCUGGGGUUCUCUUCCUGUGGUCUGUUUUUGUAUGCGUUAUUUAAUAAAUCCAGCAAAUGUUCUUUAUGGACCUGUAUUCAGCCAUCAGAUUUUGAUGUUUCACUGUAAUUAUUAUUAAAGGUUGUUAAACAACACGUAGAUAAAGGAAUAUAAAAAGUGCAAUUGCAGGGUUGUUGUUAUUGGUAUUCUACUCGCCACGCAGGAGUAAAUCCUGGGGUUUAUUAAGCUCAUCAUCUAUAACUGCCCUGCCCCCCCCCCCCACCCACCCUUUUCUAUUUUAUUGUAUAUACGUUCAUGUGAGGAAAGUGGUUUCACGUAACGCUCGACCACUCUACAUGCACACGCACUCUAACCUGUAAACGUGAGGGACACUUUAGUGCCUUGCAUCCUCACUAUUGACAAGUUCCAGAUUCAUUUAGUCCUGUUGUAUCUGUGACUGUGCUGCAGAAAAACUUAACCUGUAAACACAACCCGACACACAACUCAAGAGGAUGUAACACUCUGAAACGAUGGACCAGACACACAAACACACAAACGCACACACACACGCAGAACAAAGAGCACACUGACUAAUGUGGAAACCAAUUUUCUUUUCUCUCUCUACAGUUACAUUUUGUGUUGGUUGUGUAAUCAGCUGUGAAUUUCUAUUAGGCUCAUGCGUACAAGGUUUUGGCUGGCAUUUAUUUCUGUGGAUUUAUCAUAAAAACUGUUUUGUGGAAGCACUUGUUCAGGCAGCGAGUGAGCGCGCUGUACAAAGGCUCAGAAGUCUUCAUGCUCUUUUCGUCUCCUCACCUCACGGUUGCCAUGCUGUCAUUGUGACUCCUUUGCCUGCUUGUAGAUUGGAUGAAUAGUAAAACUUCUCUAGAGAAAAAAUAAGUUACUGCAAUGCAGAAUAUGCAAUGUUUAAAGUUUUAUAAGGGCCGAGGGGGUAAUGGAAACAUUUGCAUGCUGAUGAGGGUUGUUACUGACUUCAGUGUUUUUGAUAUUGGAAUAUUAGUGAUCUUUUUAUUAUUAUUUGCCUUCCUGAGAGUCAUCACAAAGUGUUGACACCUUAAAUUGCCAUUCGCCAAUAUCACAGACACAUUAUCAGACGAUCCGCAUAUGAGCUCUGCAUGCUGGCUUCACUGGUGUGUUCUCUUACAACUGGCCACUGUACAGCACAAGCUCACAACAAAGCUUUAGGUCCAUAUGCUACUAUGUAACAGUCACAGAGCUCCAUCAGUACUGUGUGAAGCUGCUGACACCCAGUGAUGUUGGUCAAAUUCUUAUCUCUGAUCCCUCCCUACAGACGUCCUGUGAUUCAGUGUCUGUUUUGUGUAUGUUUUUCCACAUUGUACAAAAUGUAAAAACAAAUAAAAAUAUCAAUGAAAGCACAUGUCAUGUAUAUUGCUGUCAUUAAAAUGUUCUAAACCAGAA